AUGGACAUAGCUACUUCUGAGGGAGAACGAUGUACCGACCAUGAUAUGGCAAAAAGGGUACUGAGGAAGAUUGACAGACGAUUGAUACCACUGCUCUUCACAACAUAUAUGUUCAAUUUCAUGGACAAAACCAUCUUGUCGAGCGCGUCUGUCUUCGGGUUAAGGGACGAUACUGCAUUGGUUGGCCAGCAGUACAGCUGGGUAUCAUCGGUCUUCUACUUUGGCUACCUGGGAUGGGUAUAUCCAACAACUUUACUUAUUGCUCGUCUGCCCGCUGCCAAAUAUUUGACGGCCAACACGCUAUUCUGGGGUGCUGUGGUGGCCCUUACUGCAGCCUGCACCAACUUCGGCGGUCUCGUAACAGUCCGCUUCUUGCUUGGAGUUGCUGAAGCAACCAUCACGCCGGCGUUUAUGUUUAUCACAUCGACCUGGUACACCCGCGACGAGAUUCCUACCAGGACAGGUCUGUGGUUUGCUGGAAACAGUGUUGGUGGUAUUAUUUCAAGCCUUCUCGCCUACGGGCUGGGUCACAUCAAAGAUCACGUUGGGCCAUGGAGGUGGAUGUUCAUCGUUCUCGGGUGGGGGACAUUCCUCUGGGGAUUCGCUGUUUGGACUCUACUACCAGACUCAAUCUCCAAAGCCAAAUUCCUAUCGGAAGAGGAACGGCAGUUCGCAAGCAACAGAGCUGUCGUUGCAGGCACAGGCACGACAGAGAAGACCACUUGGAGAUGGGGCCAGGUCGUUGAAUGCCUGACGGAUCCAAAGACAUGGCUUAUAUUCGGGCUGGAGCUUUGUACGCAAAUCCCCAACGGAGGGACGCAGAACUUUGCCAAUCUGGUGAUUGUCUCAUUCGGGUUCACUAACCUGCAGUCGACGCUGCUCACCAUCCCUUACUCGCUCAUCACCGUGGCUACAAUCACCGGAACGGGCUGGUUGGCCGGUCGUUUCCGCCAACUGAACUGUUUACUUAUCGUAGCUGUUGUGCUCCCUUGCGUCGUAGGCAGCGCGAUCAUCUACUCCCGCGCGCAUAUCGUCUUGGGCGUGCAACUUUUUCGGAUAUUUCCUCUUAUCGACUGGACCUGCAGCAAUGCCGCUCGCUAUGUCGCUGUCACGGCAAUGCUAUUCCUGGCUUACUGCGCUGGGAACAUUUCUGGGCCUCAGUUCUUUCUCAGUGAGGAGGCCCCGACUUAUAACACUGCUUUCCGCACGAUUAUGAUUUGCUAUGCCCUAGCUGUCAUCUUGGCACUGCUUCUGCGCUCCUACCUGCAGUGGACUAAUGCUCGCCGUGUGCGUCUGGAGGGGUUUGAGGGUAGUGCUGGAAACGCAGGUGCUGUUGGUGGGAAGGGGCUGGAUGCUGCUCGCGAUUCGACGAAUGUGGCGGAUAUGGUGAACCGAGUGCAGCUAGUAUCUGAUGACUAUGAGGAUAUCACGGACUGGAACACACCAGGAUUCAGGUAUCGUUACUAA